CAUUAGGUAUAUAUACCCCUGAAAACUUGCACGCCAAUAAUCUCCUUUUUUCACUGUGGGAUUCGCUAUCAGCUCGCACCAAACAGCAACAUGAACAAGUCCGUCAUUUUGAUGAUCCUGCCAUGCGUGAUUGCUCUGGCUGUUGUUGCUGUGGAGGGUAUGUACUACUACCCUGGCGCCCAGACCUCAGUCGUGGGAGGAGUCGGAAACACCGCUGCCAGACAGGCUUACCAACAGAGAUACCUCCAGGAAUGGUUCCAGACUCGCCAACAGAGAAACCAGCUGAACAAACUCGCUAAACAAUCUACCUUCUCAACCUUUGUCAACUACAUUCCUCUGGUUCUUCUGUUGACCACCCUGACCAACAACACCGCUCUCCCCAUCAUCGGUUAGAUGUGAAAUGUAGAAAGAGAGGGGCGUGAUACUCCAACAGGUUGGAAGAGAAACCAGUUGGAAUGAUUUUUGUUUGUUUGUUGAAUAAAAGUUGACAUA